CCACUAGUACGGGAUGUUGAUGUGACGCAACAACGAUCAGCUGGUUUUGUUUUGCUUCAUUCUCUGUGCUCCGCUUGAAGUCGUAAAUGUACAAAAUACUCCUGUUUUAAUUCAUUAAUGUGAGGCGGAAGAACAGGCAAAGCGUUGGAGUAUAUUUGUCUUCCAUUUUAUUCGGACCAUCCAGUUUUUCCUCAGUAGGUCUCCGCUUUGCCACUAUCUUUCCGAGCGGUCCAGCCGAUCCCAGGCCUCCGAUCCAGGGCGGAGGGAGGGAAGGAGGUCGUUGGGAAUCGGGAUGGAGACCGGAGAUGUUGGGCCGGGGCUGUGCUGCGCCUCCUUCAACCAGGACUCCACGUCUUUGGCUGUGGGCACCAAAACUGGAUACAGGCUAUUCUCUGUGACCUCAGUGGACAAACUGGACUGCAUUCAUGAGAGCACAGAAACUCCAGAUGUGUAUAUCGUGGAAAGGCUUUUCUCCAGCAGCCUGGUUGUGGUGGUGAGUCAGUCCAUGCCACGUCGCAUGAAUGUCUACCACUUCAAAAAGGGCACAGAGAUCUGCAACUACAGCUACUCGAACAACAUUCUUGCUGUGCGUCUAAACAGACAGAGACUGGUUGUCUGUCUGGAGGAAUCCAUUUAUAUCCACAAUAUAAAAGACAUGAAACUCCUGAAGACCCUUCUCAACACACCAUCCAACCCAUCGGGCCUCUGUGCUCUCUCCAUCAACCAUUCCAACUCUUUCCUGGCAUAUCCAGGAAGUGACACCAUCGGAGAAAUUAUUGUCUAUGAUGCCAACAGUCUGAGCACUGUGACCAUGAUUCCAGCUCAUGACAGUCCACUGGCUGCCAUCACCUUCAGUGCUUCCGGCACCAAACUGGCCAGUGCUUCUGAAAGGGGCACAGUGAUUCGAGUCUUCUCCAUUCCAGAGGGAUUGCGCUUGUUUGAGUUCCGGCGCGGGAUGAAAAGGUAUGUCAACAUCAGCUCCCUUUCCUUCACCCCGGAUGCUCAGUUCCUCUGUGCCUCAAGCAAUACAGAGACGGUGCACAUUUUCAAGCUUGAACAGCACAGCCCAAGUGGGGAGGAGGAAGCUCCCUCUUGGUCAGCAUAUGUAGGUAAGAUGUUCACAGCAGCCAGUAGCUACCUCCCAGCACAGGUGUCAGGCAUGAUGAGUCAAGACCGAGCCUUUGCCACCGUCCGGCUCCAGAUGGCGGGUCAGAAGAAUGUCUGUGCCCUGGCAACAAUCCAGAAGCUUCCACGUUUGCUUGUGGCCUCCUCUGAUGGGCAGCUAUUCAUCUAUAACAUUGAUCCUCAAGAUGGGGGUGAAUGCAUUCUGGUGCAGAAGCACAGGUUGUUUGGAUCAGAUAAGGAUUGGGAGGAGACGGAGAAAUCCGAACUCACGGAGCCACCGCAAGCAUGCCAGUCCUAUGCUGCCACUGUGGCCAUCCCCACCUCUGGACCUGUUACAGCCACUCUCACAGGCUACUCAGAGGAUGGGGGAGCUAAGAAGGGUGAGGUGAUUCCCGAGCACGAGUUUGCAGCAGGGCCUGUGUGUCUGGACGACGAAACGGAAUUUCCUCCCGUGAGCAUUCGCUAACCUCCCCACGUCUAAGCGGCGGUGGUGCAUUCCAGUGAAUGGGCUUGUCUUGUCCCUCUGUCCACAAGCACUCAAACUAAGUGUGAUUUAUUAUCUUUAACCAAACCAACACCAGCCUGUUCAGGUCUGAUGACAGAAAGCAGUUAAUAAUAAUGCAUUUUACCAGGACCAAAUGUUGCAGUUUAAUCACAUCAGAAGAUGAACAUGUUGUCUAUUACACAACAUAAAAGACAAAUAUCACUCCAAACAUUACUUCUUUGAUGUAUGAAAUAAUGAAGUAUAUAUUUCAGUGGUAUUAUUAUGUAUUUAGACUGAAAUAAUGCUACAAGUUCUGGGUGAAUACAGACAAAGUGGGACACUUAAAGCUUAAUCAUUAUUACUAAAAAUCAGAAGUUCAUAUAACUAGCACGUGAUGACAUACACUACUAUCAAAAGUUUGGGGGAAGUAAAAUGUUUUUUUUUUAAAGAUAUUAAUAUUUUUAUUCAGCAAGGAUGCAUUAAGUUGAUCAAAAGUAGUGGCAGUAAAGACAUUUGUAAUGUUACAAAAUAUUCUUAUUUCAAAUAAAUGCUAUUCUUUUCAUCAAAGAAUAGCAUUUCAACUAUUCAUCAAAGAAUUCUGAAAACAAAAGUUUUAAAAAAUAUGAAACAGCACAACUGUUAAUAAGAUAAUUAUGAGAAAUGUUUCCUGAGCAUCAGAGCAUAUUAGAAUGUUUUCUGAAGGAUCAUGUGACACUGAAGACUGAAGAAAUGAUGCUGAAAAUUCAGCUUUGACAACACAGGAAUAAAUACAUUUUAAAAUAUAUUAAAAUAGAAAACUGUUAUGAUAUUUCACAAUAUUGCUUUUUUACAUGUUUAAAUAAAUAAAUAAAUGCAGCCUUGGUGAGAAUAAGAGACUUCUUUCAAAAGCAUAAAAAAUCUGUAUAUGUAGCCUAUUGGAUUAUAUUUAACGGCAGUGAAAAAAUCAUUAAAAAGUGUUCCACAUGAUCUGUAUUCAUCUUAGAUGGUGAAAUACAUUUUCUGACACUAAACCUGCUGUUGCUGUUGUAGUCUAAUGAUGUUUCUGAUCUUAUUUACAUGGACGUGAGCACAAGUUAGAUGACUAAUUUGUUUGUUUGUGUACAGACAGGACAAUGAACAAUGCAUUAAAUCCACCAGUUAUUUGUCUUUGA